GCUAAGCAUGCGAAGUGCAGAUGCCCUUCUUUUGUUCUUUAUUUAUUGAGGGCGUUGGGACAACCUUUUUACUUGGCUUUAAAGGAGACCAGUCUACUUUUUCUGAAAUUCAAUGUCAUUCAACAACAUAAACUAGCAAAAAGGAGAAAACCAAUUCGACAGAGAGAGCUAGAUGGGAACUGAUUCAAACAUGAAGUCAGUCUACAUCGCAACCUUGGAGGAAGACUGGAAGAGCCUGGCUGAAUUCUAUGAGAAACAUAAAGAUCGCCUGUUGACUCCAUUGGCAAACUCAAAAGAUACUGCACUUCACUUCGCUGUCUACUGUAAAGAUGAGAAAUUGCUCAAGGGUUCUACUUGAUUACGCACAGCAUUUGCCCGUCCCUGGAUCAUGAGCAUCCCAUUAGUAUUAAAAAUGUUUAUCGAAACACACCACUUCAUUUAGCAGCCAGCAGGGGAAACUUUGAGGCAGUAAAGCUCUUGGUGAAAGAAUCAAAGAAAAUCCCUGUGGGUGAAUCAGAAAAUGUAAAGUUGAUGAAAAACAAGUUCGGCGAGACCCCAUUGUUUAGAGCUGCUGCAUUUGGUCAGACUGAAAUAGUCGAGUAUUUGGCCAAACAACCUGCACACAUUGUCAAUGAUGAGCUUUUAUUAGUUCAUCGCCAAAGGAAAGAUGGACAUUCUAUUCUUCAUGUUGCGGUCCUAGGGGAAAAUUUUGAAACUGCUUUGCUGCUGUUAAGACUAGACAGAUCACUUAGCGAGUUGAAAGACAGCGAGGGGAAAACUAGUCUUGGUUUAUUGGCCGAGAUACCUUCUGCUUUCAAGAGCGGACACUCUAUGAGUAUAUUCACCCGAGACCUUUACAUGUUGUUAGAAUGGAUCAACGGAUCAAUCUGCAGAUUCUCCUUCAAAGGGUGGCCGAUGGUGGAAAGAAUCUGGGAAAAUAAGAGGAAGCAUAAAUCUGCCUUGCAACUGGCAAAAAUGCUAAUAAAGAGUGAUGUUUCGUGGGAUCAAGAUAUUGCUGUACAGGGCCUGUAUGGAGCUAGCUUUGGAUCCCCUGUCUCUGGUCCUUCGCAUCCUUUGCUUACAGCAACAAAAACAGGAAUACUAGAGGUUGUUUAUGAAAUGCUCAUAGAGCAUCCCCCAUCUGUUGAUCUUCUUGACAAAGAAGGGAAGAACAUAUUGCAUGUAGCUAUAAUGUUCAGACGCAAGGAUAUUUUCAAUCUUAUAAAGAGUAACGGGAUAAUAUCGAAUAGGAUGAGCUAUGGAAUUGACAAAGAUGGCUACACAUUGUUGCAUCAAGUAGCAGACAACAAGUAUUACUCUGUAGGUAGCACGCAUGGUCCUGCACUACAAUUACACGAAGAGUUAAUAUGGUUCUCGCGUGUCGAGAAGGUCAUCCCUUCUUAUUAUGCCAAGCUCCGCGACUCUAAGCAGAAAAAGACUGCAGAGGAGCUCUUCAAUGAUAUGCACAAAGAGCAACUCCGGGACGCACAACAAUGGGUCAAGGAAACUUCUCAGUCAUGCUCAGCUGUAGCUGUUCUUGUUGCCACCAUUGUCUUUGCUGCUGCCUACACUGUACCUGGUGGUUCAAAUGAUAAGGGCAUCCCAAUUUUCCUCCACAAAAACUUUUUCUUGUUUUUCACCAUCAUGGAUGUUAUCGCCUUAGCAAGCUCCUUGACCCCAGUUGUGAUGUUCCUCUCUAUCCUCACUUCUCUUUUUGAUUACGAAGAUUUUCGUAACUCCAUCCCUCGAAAACUGACUUUGGGAUUCACUUUACUCUUCUUCUCCGUGAUGGCGACCAUGCUUGCUUUCGCUGCCACCAUUUUGCUCAUCGUUCAAUCAGAGAAACAAUUGACAGCAAGUUUGAUUUCAAUUGCCGCAUUUUUUCCCGUCUCCGUGUUCGCAUUGAUGCAGUUCCGUUUAUAUGCUGCAUUCAUGCAUUCCACGAAAUGCAUCCGUACGACAAUCAGUAGGUCCCUCCCUUGGUUUGGUGCCCCUUUACUGUUUCGCAAUAGAAAGCAGCGUAGAGAUUUAUUUCAGAAAAAGGAAGUUUCAAAAUCAGAUUAUUACUCUGGAUUUUGAUUUUAAGGUGGGGAUAUUAGUGCCAGUUCAUACCAACAACUAUGUGAGAGAGUAUUUGUUAAGGAAACAAAUAUG